AAACAAACUGACGCAGAAUGGCAGUUGUGAAUACGAUAUGGCACGUUUUGGCCGGUUUGGCAAUAGUAACGGUGACUGUCGCUGGAGACUGCAUAAGUUUCGAAGAUCACAAAGAAGAAAUUUUAAACUGUUGCAAGUAUCAUCCUCCUUACCCGAAAGACGAAGUCAGGGAGUGCCUCGGGUCGGCACAAGCGAAAUCCGGUGGAGACAAACAUCAAUUUUUUGUGUGUCUGCUAGAAUGCUACUUGCCCAGAAUUGGCGUGAUCGACGGUGAAUCAAUCAACGAGGGUAGGAUUGCUGAGCACAUGCAAUCGCUGGAUGAAAACGCUAGAAACAUUCUGCUCGAAGCGUACAAGGAGUGUGCUGGCAAAACAACGGGAGCUGCACGGGGUCAGUGUAAUUCGUAUGCAUUUGAUCUGGAAACGUGCGUCCUCCAGAAGAUUGACAUGGAAUGCCCAGCGGAGUUCUACAAUCCGGGUCCAAUUUGCGAUCAGCUGAAGUCAGGCACUGAGAUCUGCCAUUAAAUCAGUAUAUUUCAAGGGUCAUCUUCUGUACGACAAAAGGAUAUCUGUCAAUAUGGAUGUUUCAAUCACAUAAUUAUGUAUGAAUAAAUAAAUAUACGUGUACUAGACAAAAGUAAA